AUGGCGUGGGCUUCGCUGGAGACGAAGCAGCAUGCAGCGUCGCUGCUGCGAGUAGUGAUUCUGCUGAUGAUUGCCGGAGCGGCCGUCUCGUCGCGCCUGUUUGCGGUGGUGCGGUACGAGUCGAUCAUCCACGAGUUUGAUCCGUGGUUCAACUUCCGUGCCACGAAGGUGCUGACGAAGGACGGCUACUACCGCUUCUGGAACUGGUUCGACCCGACGGCCUGGUACCCGCUGGGCCGUGCGGCAGGCGGCACGGUGUUCCCGGGCCUGAUGAUCACGAGUGGCACGCUGUACAACAUCCUGCACUUUUUCCACAUCCCCGUGAACAUCCGCGACGUGUGUGUGAUGCUCGCGCCCCUGUUCAGUGUCUUUACGGUGGUGGCCGCCUACCUGUUCACCGCCACGAUGAAGGACGAGUCGGCGGGCCUGCUCGGUGCGCUGUUCGUCGCGAUUGCGCCGGGCUACAUCUCGCGCUCGGUCGCGGGCUCGUACGACAACGAGGCGAUCGCCAUCUUCCUCCUGCUCUUCACCUUCUACCUGUGGGUGCGCGCGGUGCGCGAUGGCUCGAUUCUGUACGGUGUGCUCACGGCGCUGUUCUACUUCUACAUGGUCGCCGCGUGGGGCGGCUACGUCUUUAUCACGAACAUGAUCCCGCUGCACGCGCUCGUGCUCAUCCUGAUGGGCCGCUUCAGCGAGCGGCUGUACGUGGCGUACUCGAGCUACUACGUCAUCGGCACGCUCGCGAGCAUGCAGAUUCCGUUCGUCGGCUUCCAGCCGGUGCGCACGUCCGAGCACAUGGCGGCCCUGGGCGUGUUUGGCCUGCUGCAGCUGAUUGCGCUCACCGAGACGGUGCGCCAGCACGUGUCGUCGGCGCAAUUCAAGGUGCUGGUGCGCAGCGCCGUGGCGCUCGUCGCGGUGGGCGCGCUGGGCGUCCUCGUGCUGCUCACGUCGGCGGGGUACAUUGCGCCGUGGACGGGCCGCUUCUACUCGCUGUGGGACACGUCGUACGCAAAGAAGCACAUCCCGAUCAUUGCGUCGGUGUCGGAGCACCAGCCGCCGUCGUGGCCGUCUUACUUUAUGGACCUGCACUGCCUCGUGUUCCUCUUCCCGGUCGGUGUGUUCCUCCUCUUCCGCGAGCUGCGUGACGAGCACGUGUUUGUGGUGAUCUACGCGGUGAUGGGAUCCUACUUUUCCGGCGUCAUGGUGCGCCUCAUGCUCACGCUCACGCCGUGUGUGUGUGUGUGUGCGGCUGUCGCGCUCAGCACGCUGCUCGAUGUGUACGUGGGCCGCUCCGUCGACGGCACCGGCCGUCGUGCGCGCGCGCUGCCGAUGGACCUGCGCCUCCUCGUGGUCGGCGCGGUGAUGGUCAUGCUGCAGCUGUUCGUGUGGCACUGCACGCACAUCACGUCGUCGGCGUACUCGUCGCCCUCGGUCGUGCUGGCGUCGCAGACGACCGACGGCUCGCAGAUGAUCAUCGACGACUUCCGCGAGGCCUACUACUGGCUGCGUGAGAACACGCCGAAGGACGCCAAGGUGAUGAGCUGGUGGGACUAUGGCUACCAGAUCGCCGGCUUUGCGGACCGCACGACGCUGGUCGACAACAACACGUGGAACAACACGCACAUUGCGACGGUCGGCAAGGCGAUGGCGUCGUCGGAGGAGAAGGCAUACCCGAUUCUGCGCCAGCACGACGUCGACUACGUGCUGAUCAUCUUUGGCGGCCUGCUCGGCUUCAGUGGCGACGAUCUGAACAAGUUCCUGUGGAUGAUCCGCAUUUCGCAGGGGAUCUGGCCCAAGGAGAUUGUCGAGUCCAAGUUCUUCAGCGCGGCAGGCGACUACAGCGUCGACGACAAUGCCAGUCCGACGAUGCGCGAGAGCCUCAUGUACAAGAUGAGCUACUACCGCUUCAACGAGCUGUUCGGCGGGGGCCCCGGCCAGGACCGUGCGCGCGGCUCCGCGGGGCCGUCCAAGUCGCCGGUGCUGGACACGCUCGACGAGGUGUUUACCAGCGAAAACUGGCUGGUCCGCAUAUACCAAGUCAAGAAGGAGGACACGCUGGGCCGCUCUCUGCCGCUCGCCGCGGCGUGGGAGCGGGGCCAGCGCCAGAAGCGGGCAUCGUUCCCCUACCCGGCCAGCGCCGGCGCGCUCGUACACUAA